CUACAACUGAAGAUUAUUGAUGCGGGCUCUGUCAUUCUUGCAGAAGACAAGAAGAUGUUAACGGAUGAACAAGCUAGGGAUUUUUAUCAAAGCAAGUCAGAAGAGCCUGAUUUUGAAGACUUUGUUUCACAUAUGCUAUCUGCACCCACCUAUAUUCUGAUAGUAUCUGAAAGAAAGCAUGGCCAGGAUACUAUGCCUUUUUUACAUGAAUUGGAAGCAGUGAAAGAGGAAGGGGAGGAGGAAGAAGAAGAGGAGGAAGAGGAGGAGGAAGAAGAAGAAAUGGAAGAACUUUUAUCUGAAGCAUGGAGAAAACACUCUGUGAGACCUGCAGCUGGCUUGAAAGAGAUGUUGGAAAACCAAGACAUGUUACAUCUCUGCGAUAUUCAGGAUAGAGUUGAAGAAACAAGCAGGCAACUUGCCUUCUUUUUCCCUGAUUUUUCCAAGGCAAAGAAAGAACCAGUUAUUGAACGAACACUGGCAUUGAUCAGACCUGCCCUUUUAAAAGAAAGAAGAGAAUCUAUUCUGAAAAGAAUUCAGGAAAAUGGCUUUGAAAUAGCAAUGCAAAAGGAAAUAACCCUAUCAGAAGAACAAGCAUGUGAAUUCUACAAAGAACAUGAAAAUCAAGAUUAUUUUCCAUUUCUUUUGGAUCAAAUGACCAGUGGGCCAACUCUUGCUCUUGCUUUGAUACGAGAGAAUGCAAUCCAAAAAUGGAGGGAAUUACUGGGCCCAAAGAUUGUCCAAGAAGCAAAGGAGCAAUGCCCAGAAAGUUUACGUGCUGAAUUUGCGAUCUCUGAUGUGCCAAUCAAUCAGCUGCAUGGCAGCUCAAACCCAAAUCAAGCUGCAGAGGAAUUACAAUAUUUCUUUCCUGUAGAAAACACUAUGGCUCUCAUUAAACCCUCUGCUUUUGAGGAACACAAAGAUGAAAUUAUAAAUGAAGUACAAGAUGCUGGAUUUCUAAUCUCAGAAAUGAGAGAAGCACAUAUAAGUCCUGAGAUAGCAGCACAAUUUUAUCAAGAUCAUGAAGCUAAACCAUAUUACAGUCAACUAGUGGAUUAUAUGUCUAAAGGCCCAUCAAUGGUCAUGAUUCUAACCAAAGAAAAUGCUGUGGAUGAAUGGAGACAAUUAAUGGGACCAACAGAUCCAGCACAAGCAAAAAAACCACAUCCUAAUUCAAUACGCGCUAGAUUUGCAAAAGAUAUUCUGCGCAAUGCUGUUCAUGGGUCCUCAAAUCAGGAACAUGCUGAACAAAGCAUUAAGUUUAUCUAUGGAGAUAUUGAUUUAGAGGACCUAAAACACAAAUAUGUUUAUGUGUAGAAUUUCAAAGAUGACCUGUUAUCAGCAAUAUAUGAUCUG